AUGGCAUCAAUGUCUCCAUUCGCCAGUUUGCUGCCUCGCCCUGUGUCCACACCAUACCCAGAUACCAUCGAAGACCAAGCCCGUCGCGAUCUAUUGGAACAUCAAGGACUUGAAUUCCAAGACCGCGAAUCGCCCUACCGCAUCACCCUCGAAUUCGACGUACCGACCUACGUCGCCUACAGCAACCGCUCCGACAUUUUAACGUUCCUGCUCAACCGACUCGUUCGCGCUGUUCGUCGCGGCAAGCCACACAAGCCCUCGACCGAGCGAGACAAGCGCACAGUGUUUUUUCUCGUCACGUACUCUCUCUGGGACCUUGACCGCGUCUCUUUCAGAGAAAACCAGACAGCCGUGCUGGUGCUGGAAAGAAUCGCGCACAUUCUGCGAUCAAAAAUCACAUAUGAAACGCACAUGAAAAAUGCCUUGGUGGCCGCAGCCUCCGAGGAUCCGGGCUGUGAGGGUUUACAGGCUCGAUCCGUCGACCAGGAAGGGGGUGUUUCUGUGGUGAUGUACCUUUUUGUGAUCUAUAUUGGGGAAAGGAGUGUCUCUUCGCAAGAUUCGACGAUUCUGCGCCAGGAGGAGUCAUGGAGUUGA